UCUGAAUUCGCAGUGUGGCCGUGGUCUCAGAUCGACGAUGUUUAGUUAUUGGUAAGAGCGCGUGAAAAACGGUACCAAUUGUGUUCGCUCGCGGAUCUCAUAUUUUUCUGAAGUACAAAAACACGUCUUGCAGCAAUAAAAUUUGUAGAUGCACAUGCUCAUGGCGCAGGGCGGACCAAUUGCUGGGAGGGCGCUGCUGUCCCUUUUGCUGGCAUUUGUUUCGGGCACAUUGUGGGCUUCAGUAGCCGCCAGGACAGGACCCACACACAACAAGGUGGUCGUUUGCUACAUAUCCACAUGGGCGGUGUAUCGACCCGGACAGGGCGCUUAUUCCAUAGAAAAUUUCGAUCCGAACCUCUGCACACAUGCUGUCUAUGCUUUCGCUGGCCUGGACAUCACGCAGUCGGCCAUCAAAUCGUUAGACCCCUGGCAGGACCUGCAAGAGGAGUACGGCAAGGGUGGCUAUGAGCGCUUGACGGGCUUGAAACGCAGCCAUCCGCAUCUGAAGGUCAGCCUGGCCAUCGGUGGCUGGAACGAGGGCUCGAAGAACUACUCUACUUUGGUGGCCAAUCCGCAGCAGCGCGGCCAUUUUGUAAAACAGGUGACGGGCUUUGUGCGCAAAUACAACUUCGAUGGCUUGGAUCUGGACUGGGAGUAUCCCACGCAGCGCGGUGGCAGCCCGCAGGAUCGCGAGAACUUUGUUGCCCUGACCAAGGAACUGCGUGAGGAGUUUGACAAUUAUGGCCUGCUAUUGACCUCGGCAAUUGGCGCCUCCAAGAAUGUAAUCGAUCAGGCCUACGAUGUGCCCCAAAUCGCUCGUUAUCUCGAUUUCUUGCACAUCAUGUGCUACGAUUAUCACGGCAGCUGGGACCAGAAAAUUGGAUACAAUGCUCCAAUGACGGCGGCCCCUGUGGAUCCAUUGAGUGUGCAAUACAGCAUCGAUUAUCUUCUGAAGCUGGGUGCUCCGCCGGCCAAGCUGGUGUUAGGUCUGCCCUUCUACGGGCGCACCUUUAAGACUGUGUCCCAGGGCAAUGUAGAUGAUGCCAGUGAUGGUGUCGGCUUCCGUGGUCCAUUUACCCGUGAGGAUGGGUUCUUAGGCUACAACGAGAUCUGCAGUAUAUUGAGCAAUAAAACAUCGGGCUGGUCCACAACGUGGGAUGGAGCAACCAGCCAAGUGGUAGCCCGCUCGGAGCGCAAUGUUUUCACCCAAGACGUGAGCGUUGUCACCUUUGACAGCUCACGUUCUAUCGCCAACAAGGUGAAGUUCGCCAUAAAGAAGCGGUUGGCUGGCGUUAUGGUUUGGUCUGUCGACACCGACGACUUCUUGGGCAAAUGUGAGCCGGACGAGGACACCUAUAACGAUUUCAGACUUGUAAAGACUGCACCAAGGCGACUCAAUCAGAAUUAUCCUCUGCUGCGCACCAUUAAUGAGGCAACCUCACUCGCCCUAGAGGAGCUGGCGGCCGACGAGGUGGUCGUUCCGGAUGACUCCGAAAACGAAAUACCUCAUGGCAGCAUUGCGGAUCGUAAGAAUUCUGCGGCGACCCUGGUAAGCUUAGGUCUAAUGAUUAGCUCUGUUUUCGCGCUGUUGCACAGUUUGCAACAUUGAAAAGUCUAACAAGUGCCUUAGUUUUUAUUAUAUUUUUGUUUCAACUGCAGUUAAGCUGUCAGUUUUAGUCUCCCAUAAUAAAAGACCAACAAUAUUAAAUUUAAACAAA